CCAUCCACUCUACUCAACAUGGACUCCUCUAAACUCUCAUCUCUCUCUCUUUGCCUCUUCCUCAUUUGCAUUAUCUAUUUUCCCCAACAUUCCCUCUCAUGCGGCUCAUGUAACCCCAGGAAGGGUGGAAAGCCCUCCCCUAAACCCCCGGUACACAUUCCCAAACUACCGGUUCCUCCGGUGACCGUCCCUAAGCUACCAGUUCCUCCGGUGACCGUCCCUAAGCUACCAGUUCCUCCGGUGACCGUCCCUAAGCUCCCGGUUCCUCCGGUGACAGUCCCUAAGCUACCCGUUCCUCCGGUGACCGUCCCUAAGCUACCAGUUCCUCCAGUGACUGUACCAAAGCUACCAGUUCCUCCAGUGACCGUUCCCAAGCUACCCGUUCCUCCGGUCACCGUCCCAGAGCUACCCGUUCCCCCGGUAACUGUCCCUAAGCUACCCGUUCCUCCGGUGACCGUCCCUAAGCUACCCGUUCCUCCAGUGGUAGGUCCCAACCUGCCAUUGCCACCUUUGCCAAUUGUGGAUCCUAUUCUACCACCGGGAACAAACCCACCAGCCACAGGAGGGAAGGAUUGUCCUCCACCAGCAGGGAGCGUAAAGCCACCAUCAGGGGGCGGGAAGGCGACAUGUCCCAUAGACACGCUGAAGUUGGGUGCGUGCGUGGACUUGUUGGGUGGUCUAGUAAAGAUAGGGCUUGGGGAUCCAGCAGUUAACAAAUGUUGUCCGUUACUUAAAGGCCUCGUUGAAGUCGAAGCCGCGGCUUGUCUUUGCACUACCCUCAAGCUUAAAGCUCUUGACCUCAAUCUUUACGUCCCUGUUGCUCUUCAGCUUCUCCUUACCUGUGGCAAAAAUCCACCUCCGGGCUACACUUGUUCCAUAUGAUAAACUCACUCCAUUUAUAAAGGGUAUGCUAUUUU